AUGAAAAAAGGGUAAGAUCAAUUAAGUUCAGGCUUUCUCAGAUACAUAAUUUUAUUGCUUGCAUGUAUAGCAUUAGUAAAUAAUAUGUUAAAUACUAUAGUAUGGAAAUAUGUUUAUAUUUGAUUAACCUGCAUUAUUAAAAGAACAAAUAAUGUAGACCUAUAGUCCAAUAUAUGGAGAACAUUUAACAAGUUUCUAUUUCAGUUUUAUGUAUUCAUUUUAUUCCAUUCCAAAUAUUAUAUUGCCUUUAGUUGGUGGGUUUAUGAGUGAUGUAUUUGGUAAAAUAUAAUAUUGAUAUCAAUUUAGGUUAUAGAAAAAUGUCAUUGAUAUUCAUGUUCUUUGUAAUUCUAGGUUAAGGAUUUUUAUAUUUUGGAAGUUCAGUUGCAAACCUUAAAUAUAUGAUUUUGGGUAGAUUUAUGUUUGGAUUGGGUGGUGAAUCUCUUUGUGUAGCAAGUUCAAUUAUCAUAAAUAAAUGGUUUGUUGGAAAAGAAUUGUCAUUUGCUAAUGUAAACUAUAUUUACUAAUAAGAGGCAUUAAAUUUGAGUUUGAUAAGAAGUGCUACAGUAUUGGGAACUUAUAUUUCCCCAAGAAUUGCUGAAAAAUCUGGUAUGACAACAGCUUUUGGAGUUGGUUUUGGUAUUACUUUGAUUUCUGGUGCUGCACUUUUAAUUAUGAAUUUCAUUGAUUCUUAUACAGAAAUCUUAUAAAAAAGAAAUCUAUAAAAAACUGAAGGAUUAUUGGAUAAUAGUAUUUAAGUAAUGGAUUUUGGAGAACUUGUAAAAUAAAUACUAGAAGAUAUUAGAAUGUUCCCUAAAGUAAAAUACACAAAUGAAUCAAUUUUUAGAUUUUUUGGAUCUUGACUUUCAUAAUGACCACUUUUUAUACCUCAGUCUUAAUUUUUAUUUCCUUUUCAAGUGGCAUUAUAAUUGAUUUAUGGUUGCCUGCAGAUGCACCUGUAGAAUAAAAUUAAGAAGUAGCUGGUGAAUUAAUGGGAAUUCCUUAUUUAUGUUGCACAUUCCUCAGUCCAUUUGUUGGAUUGAUGGUAGAUAAAGUUGGCUAAAGAGUUAAGUUUUUAGCAAUUGGAUGUGCUUUAGUAUUUUUAGGAUUAGUUUUGAUGCUAUUAUUUUAUCCCAUAUUUUGCAUGCUCACUUUAGGAUUAUCAUAUGCUCUUUUUGCAAGUACAAUAUGGACAAGUAUUGCCUUUGUUGUUAAAUAGAAAUAAUUAGUAAUAUUUUAUUAUAUAAAGGGGCACAGCAUUUGGUGUAAUGAAUUCUGUUCAAAAUUUUGCUUUUUUUGUGAUGCCAUUAUUUAUAGCUUUCAUUUCAGCUGAAGCAUCUUCUUAAGUAUCAGUAGUCUUAUUCUUUUUAAUACUCGCUUCUGUUUCUUUAAUUAUAGCCAUAUAUUUAUAUAUUGAAGAUCAGAAUAGGCCAGGUAUGUAGCAUCCCAAUAUUUAGUCUCAUUAAAUUCUAAUGAUUAAAAGAAACUUAUGAAUUUUGUCAAUAAUCAUAAAGAAGAUGGGGAAGAAUUUGAAGAAGAAGAAAUAAUUGUACCAAAAUGA